AUGGAUGGCGAUCUGACAAACAGCUCUUUUAACAAAUCGACGAAGAACCCGCCAUUCGAAUUCAACGACUACAAACAGAGAGUCAUAGUGGCCAUCAUGUUUCUGAUCGUGAUCCUGCUUGGAACCGUGGGCAACAGUCUGGUUAUCCUGGCCGUGAUUUUGUCCAAGAAACUCCGUACCACCACCAACGCCUUUGUGGUGAACCUAGGCAUAGCAGACUUGUCAACUUGUCUUGUUCUCCCAUGGUCGUUUGUUGCAAUUCUCAGCACGAACGGCUUUCCGGUCGGUGAGUGGGUGUGCAGCGUGACUGUCGUGAUACAGGCUACAUCUAUCGGUUGCAGUUUGUACACCCUGGCUUUCAUCGGACUGCAACGCCUACUGCUGAUCAAAAGGCCCAUGACCACCUAUCGAGACAUCUACACGCCGAGGAAGAUUGCCGUAUGGCUGGCAGUGACAUGGUCUAUCCCACUGCUUGUCACCAUCAUCCCACCACUCGCAGACGUGGGUGCAGUAGGAUACGACAAGAAGUACCAUAUCUGUGGAUAUCCAUCUGACCAUCCUCGCGCCAAUGCCUACGAUCUCAUCGUAGUUAUUGGGUACUACCCUAUCCCUCUCAUAACAAUCAUCGUCUGUUAUGUUCUCAUCUGGAAGCAACUCCACGAUCACGCUAAGAAGAUGACUGCGCCUAAAUCCUCAGCCCCCCACAUGACUGUGGUGUCAGAAUCGGUAACUACCGUGAAUACCGGUAGUAACCACGCAUCCACAUCUACAGAAGGAACACUCAGCCAAUCCCACUUGAGUCGCCAUCAGACCGAGAUCACCAAAAACAUGUUCUACAUUGUCUGUGCAUUCAUGCUGUGCGUGAGUCCGUUAAUGAUCUGCAUCCUCUAUGAUGCGGUUGAUGCCUGCAGCCCAUUCUUUCCCUUCACAUUUGCGGUCCUGCUGUUCAACAGUUGUGUCAAUCCGCUCAUCUAUGCCACCAAACACCGGGACUUCAAGACCGUCUUCCGUUGCAUCCUGCGCCGCAAGUGGGAGGACAUCCCAGAACCCUCGGAUUUUCUGAAGACGAUGAUAUCGGGUGAAAGGCCAUUCUGUGGAGGGGGCGGUGUGGUCACCUAA